AUGAAUUAAUAAAAUAGUGAUCUGAAAUCAUAAGUCAUAGAGUAUUUUGAAGAAUUGUAAAAUAAAUUGAAUCAAAUUGGAUAUUCAGAUAUACGUGUAAUACUUCCAGAUGAUAUUACAGUAGCAUUUAAAUAUAUUACUCGCAUUCUAGAUUAAUUUAUAGAGUAUAAACUUAUAUAUAUAUACAUUAAAGAUUACAUUAAGAGAUAAGAGAAUAAUAUGAAUUAUUGGAACAAUCAUUAUAAAAGAUUGAAUCUGAAAAUAGAUAUCACAUUCAUGUUCAUUUUAUCAUUUAUUUUAGAUAGAACAAAGAUUAAAAAUUCAUUGUGAUUAAUUAGAAGAGAGUCUUAUUUAAAAAGAUGAAUAAUAAAAAAUUCUUUAAAUGAAAAUUGAAGUAAUCAUUAUUUCAAUUUUAAGUUGUAUGAAAGAUAAAUUAUCAAAUUAAAAAAAGAUAUAGAUGUUGCAUCAAGAAGAAGAAUAGAAACUGAAAAGAGUGUAACUGACACUUAAUCAAGAGUAAGUAUUUUAUCUAAAAGAAGCAAUAUUUAAUGAUAAAUGGAAUACCAUCAUAAUCAACAAUCAAAUAAAUAAUAAAACCAAAGACUCGAAUAUAAACUGAAUCUAUAGAUAUCAAUAAAAUUAGAUCUGUCUCAUCUUUAGAUUAUAAUAACUUUUCUGUUUUAAUUAGAAGAAAUGAUGAACGAAAAAAGAGGUCAUCCACUAUUUAAAUCAAUAAAAAAAAGUGA